UGUGGAGAGUGUGGGAAGAGCUUCAAACGGAGCUCCCACCUGAUCAGCCACCAGAGAAUCCACACGGAGGAGAGGCCCUACGAGUGUGGGGAGUGUGGAAAGAGCUUCAGACAGAGCUCUGACCUGAGCAAGCACCUGAGGAUCCACACUGGGGAGAGACCCUACGAGUGUGGGGAGUGUGGAAAGAGCUUCAGAGACAGCUCUGACCUGAGCAAGCACCUGAGGAUCCACACUGGGGAGAGACCCUACGAGUGUGGGGAGUGUGGGAAAAGAUUCCGCGCUAGCUCCAAACUCAUUGAACACCAGAGGAUCCACACUGGGGAGAGGCCGUACGAGUGUGGUAAAUGCAGGAAGAGGUUUAAGACCGGCUCCCAUCUCGUCCUGCACUGUCGGAUUCACACAGAGGAGAGGCCCUACUGCUGCCCCGACUGCGGGAAGGGAUUCACGUGCAACUCCAACCUCAUCGCCCACCGGCGCAUCCACACUGGGGAGAGGCCCUACGAGUGUGAUAAAUGCAGGAAGAGGUUUCAGACCAGCUCCCAUCUCCUGCAGCACUAUCAGAGUCACACAGAGGAGAGGCCCUUCAGGUGCCCCGACUGCGGGAAGGGAUUCAAGCACAACUCCCACCUCGUCAGGCACCGGCGCAUCCACACUGGGGAGAGGCCCUACGAGUGUGGGGAGUGUGGGAAGAGCUUCUCCCAGAGCUCUACCCUGUCCCAACACCAACGGAGGCACCGGUGAGGGAAGCCCUGCGAGUGCCCCGAGUGCGGGAAGAGCUUCGUGCGCUGCUCCAGCUCCAUCCCCCACUGCAGGACCCACGCUGGGCACAGCCCUGCUGACCCACAUUCCCUGUGAUCCAUGCUGGGAACACACCUGGCUGCUCCUCCUUUUGCUUUGGCCUUAAUUUUUUUCCCGCUGCAUGUUUAUAGCUUAAGAACAGCAAAAAGUGGGUUAAAUGAAGGACAUUGAUUGAACU